CUCUCCCUCUCGGGACAUCUCUCCUCGUCUCCCAGGUCUUUACCAUGAAGCACCGUGUGUUGCUGUCGCUGCUGCUGGCGUUGGGGUGUGCGCACGUCCGCGGCGCGCCGGUGGAGCAGGCCGGCCUGGAGCAGGGGUCGUGUGACGACGCGUCGGCGAAGGCCGCCGCCGGGCUGGCCCUCACCAAGAUCAACCAGGACCGGAAGGAGGGCUACGUCUUCAGCCUGCACCGCCUGUCCAACGUGCACACGGCAAAGAAUGGAGACAAUGGCGUGGUCUUCUACCUGACCUUGGACGUUGUGGAGACCAACUGCAGCGUUCUCAACAGGGGCGACAAGAAGACGUGUGAGGCUCGUCCCACCCACGACACACCGGUGUAUGGACAGUGCAAGACUGCCAUCUACAUCAGCAGGGUGAACCGAGUGGUGCGUCUGUACAAAUACGACUGUGUGAUCCGACCAGUUCCUUCGGCCAGGCUGGUCGAGUUGUGUCCCGACUGUCCGACCCUGAUCGGCCACGACGACGUCGAGGUCCAGAAGACCGUCGCCGCGUCGCUGGAGAAGUUCAACAAGGAGAGCGGGCUGGCCAAGCGUUUCGCUCUGCUCAAUGUCACCCGCGCCACCGCCUCGAUGGGCAUGUCCACGUUCUACAACGUCGAGUACACCGUCCAGGAGACCACCUGCGCCAACGGAGCGAAGGAGGCGACGGCGGAGAAGUGCCCCCUCCUGGACUGCGAGUUCACGCACAAGGGUUUCUGCAAGGCAUCCCAUGUCCACCCUCCCGUCGGUGACGCCAUGACCGACGUGGAGUGCGACAUCUAUGAGCCGGAGGCCGCUGACAGAGAGAAGAAACUGCACCUGAAGGCCGAAGAGACCGACCACAGCCACAACGACACGCACACACACGCCGCCGCCGCCGCCGCCGACGACAAGCACGACCACGCGCAUGACCACGCGCACGCCGCCGAUGGCGCGCACACACACGACCACGCCAACGACCACACCAAGGGCCACGUUCACGGUCCCCACACCCACACUCACGACAACGACGCCGACGCCGAGCACCACCACUCGCACGACCACGACGCCGGCAGCGCGCACAGGCACGCCCACGACCACACCCACGACCACGGCCACGGCCACGACCACGUGCACGCCCACCACGCCAAGGCGCACAACCACAGCGACGACGCGCCAAACCACCACCACGGCUACAAGCACGCCGACGGCAGCCACACCCACGAGCACGACCACGAGCUCGCCCUGGACCACGACCACAAGCAUCCUCACCUGCACCAGCACGAGCACCACCACCACCACCACGACCACGAGCACGAGAAGGAGUACCACGACCACCCGGAGGGCAAGGUGACCAUGUUGCCCACCGUCGACCAGCCCACGACUCUGCCUUUCUUCCCCGAAGUCCCCGAGGUCGCAGUCACUCUGCCCGCCAAGCUGGACCCCGAGAUCCCCGGAGAGAUGGAGCCCACCAUCCGGGCCUUCCCCACCUCAGUCUCAGCCCAGUGCACCGCCGCCCCAGUGGUGGAACCCACCCUGGUGGACAAACUCUUCGCCGAGGACCCCCGCUUCAAGGGAACUGCAUAACUAAAUUAGAAACUGAAUGAAUCUGCACACAAAGACACAAACUGGAGCGUAGUACAGACAGGAAAAGGCAAAUAACAUGUUGACCUUUUCCUGUCUCUCUUCACUUCACACGACCGUCCAAUAAAGGCUGAGCGCAUUCGGGGGAAAAAAGAUCAACGUUUUUUCAUUCCACAUUUUCUCUGUUGAUUGUCAUAAAGAAUAAAAGAAUGAAAUAAA